AUGGAGAGGGUCCCGCGAGGCUCCGUCGCCGAGGUCGCUCGCAGCCCCUGGCGCCAGGCGCUGCAUCUUUUCGAGCUUGGAGCGCCUGCGGACACCGCCAUCUGCAAUGCAGCCGCCUGGAGUCAAGUGAUGACUGCAUGUGGAACGGGGGAGCAGUGGCAACGUGCCUUGGGCUUCCUGUGCAUGAUUGACGGCUUGCGCUUGAGGAAGACUAUAGUCAGCUUCAAUGCCGCCUUGCGGGCUUGUGGCAAAUGUGCCAAGUGGCAGCAUGCGCUGCACAUUUUCCGGUUCGUCGGCGACAGCCAGCUGCAAGGUGACAGCGUGACUUACCGUACGAUCAUCAGUGCAUGCUCGCAGGAGUGGAACCAGGCUUUGCAGCUUCUACAGGAAGGCAGGGAGACAAUACUCGCCACGGAUGUGAGCUCUUAUGGGGCAGUAAUUUCUGCCUGCCAAGCCGCAAGCUGCUGGAAGGAGGCGCUGAGCGUUUUCGAAUCUAUGGCAGAAGCGGGCGUGGAGGCAGAUGCAAGAAGCGUCACAUCUGCGAUCAGCUCGUCGAUCAGAGGUGAGGAUUGGCAAGGUGCAGUUGCGAGAUUCGCAGACAUGCUGAAGCAAAGCCUAGAGACGGACAGUAUUGUUCAGAAUGCCGGGCUUCGGGCCAGGGGUUGGUUGCUCUGGCAGAGUGCCAUCCAACAGCUGGCCCUUUUUUUACAGGCUGGCCUCCGAACCGAUGUGGCCUCCUACAACACCGUUCUCAGUGCUUGCGAAGGCCAGUGGCAAAGGUCUCUUGCGCUGGUAACUCAGAUGGAGCACCAAGCAAUGAAGACGACCGUGGUUACGAUGGGCGCGCUACUUUCAGGCAAGAAUGAGCUCAGCGAAACCUGGAGCAGGCCAUUGCAGUUGCUAGCCGCUUGGUACCGGUGGUCAGCAGAGACAAGUGUGAUCUCUCACACCAACCUGCUGGCGGGAAUGGCUGACAGUUGGCCUAAUGCCGUGGCGUACUUCGCUGCUUUGCAAGCGCGAGGCGUCGUCAAGGUGCUUCCCAUGGAAACGGCUGCUGCACAUGCUUUCCGAACCGGAGGACGCUGGCAGCAAGUCGUGAAUGUUGCAGCCGAGGCCACUGAAGUAGCAGAUCUCGUCAUGAGGCACGUGGUGCUGGACUCCCAGGUGUCAGCUCUGCAGUGGCGGAAAGGGGUCCAGGUUUACGCAUCGCUGGCGCUGCGCAACCUGGAGCCAAACCUUCUCACAGCGAAUCUGGCCCUGUCUGCGUGUCAGUGGAGACUAGCUUCGGCACUGCUCCGGCACCUUGGCUUGUCCGCAUUGGAAACAAAUGCGGUAUCCUGCAGCACAGCCAUUGCUGCUUGCGGUGCAAGCAGCAGAUGGCAGUUUGUGUCGAUGUUGUGGGAACGGCUGGAAGAACGACGCUUGGAAACCAAUACCAUUGCCUGUAACUCUGCCGUUUCUGCUUUGGGGAAAUCGAUGCACUGGCAGUUAGCCUCCUGGGUGCUGUCAGAUGAUCGUGUCCUGGGAGAUGAGAUCAGCUACGAUGCCCUU